AUGUCCGCGAGACUUGUGGGUCGUGAUCACUGUACGAAGAAAAAGCCUUCGAAGGAUAGCGGCAAGAGUAAACCGGUACCAGAGUUCGGAACUCGCGACAUUGUUUCUCCAGACUCUAAAGAACAAUACCUUUUCUUGUUAGAGUUCUUCAUCCAUCAUAUAGCCAGCGAACGUCUGGCGAAACUCAAUCAAAUGUUUUUCGUCCCUACUACAAUAACCGUGGAGUUCCUCAACUUCACGGGGAAAGAGGGCAUCGAAAUAACCCCGGUGGACCCGUUAUUUCAACCUCAAGCAGGGGUUGCAGACGACAUCGAAUAUUUCUUCUCUGGUCGCUCUGUGAUGUUCGCUAUAGAUCAAUACACUGUGCUCGACAAACUGUUGGACCUGAUCGUCAAACUAUGUGUGCAAAAGAAAAUGCCAGAGGGUGUGAAACCAGACGUGUUAGUAGGCAACGGAGAACUAGAUCUCUCGAAACAUUUCGCUGCCUUACGAAAAGAGAUGCUGCAAUGCUGGCACAAAAUGGCCCCGCCACCGAAAGUCUACGAGGGAGAAGUUCCCUUGAUUUACAACGAGGAUACAAUCGGCGGUUUGUGCAUGUUUGUCAGAGUUUCUGCAUUCGGACAAACAAUUGUCACGGAAUUCGAUGCACCGCCCGAAAGAGCCGUCUCGUCUUACAUAUUCAAAGGCGAGAACUGCGAAAAACCACCAACGUACAGAUGUCGUAUCGUCGAUUCUAGAAUCGCGAAUGUUUGUAAAGACUCGAGGGAUGAAUUGCUGAAAGGCGGGCCUCGUUGCCGCGUUUGCAUCCCGGAAGAGCAUCCUUGCACUCCUUGUGGACAGCCAGCUGGAGCUACGUUGAAACCAAACGUAAGUCGCAGACAUGUCAGUGAUGCGACACCGGAGACGACGUUGCGAUCAAAACCGGACACUUGCUCCGAUGUGCAGAAGCCUGGCCUGAUACAAUCUAGCCGUGGGCCGGUGCAACCGUGUGGAAAGGCAGUGGUUUUGAAAGUAUCCGGCAUCCUGGACACGGGCCAGGACAAGAAGCCCACCGUUACCGUGGCGCCUGAGUCUGAAACCAGGCCGGAUACCGAUCCCGAUCAUGACGUGUUUGUCCUUCGAAUCGGGAAAAAAGGACUCGUCGGGGCUGGAGAGAAAUCUGAUAUACAGUUGGAGAUGAAAACGCCCAAAGGAGCGGAGAAAGGGCCUCCUAUUAGAUGCGAGACCAGGGAAGUGCAAACGGACGACAAGAAGAGCAAGAAGAAGACGAAGAAAAAGAAGAAGAAAUCCUUAGCCUGCCGUCAAUCGACAUUUGCCAAGAAGCCGUAACAGAUGGCUGCGGCUGCUCAGAAGGCGACACGCAAGUUUUCAAGAAAGGGAAAUCCUGUUUGUUCGCGUUGCCAUCGAUCGUUCUACAAAGACCAUUGACUACAUUCCCCAUAAAACUGUCCGUCUACAAGCGACUGCCACCUGCAGUGCUGCCGGAUGUGAUGCUGGUUGGCUGUCAUCAGAUCGAGGCGAAAGCCAUAAUGAACGCGGUGUUGAGCCAACAGGUCUUCAAGAUACCGAAUCCUUGCCAAACAAUCAAGGACACGUUCAAGAUCGCUACAGCGACGGGACAAUGCGUUGGAUCCGUCACGGUCUACAUACGUGCUUCCUGCUUCGGCAGGAAGAUCGUCACCCAGUUUCAAAUACCGCACAACAGGAAACCAUAUCUUUUUAAAGGGGCGGACGACAGUCCUGUUUUCCAGUGCAAGAGAAUACCCUCCGAAUGUUACACACCGGUCCCAUUGAAGUGUACCUGCACGAAGAAAUAUGUCGAUGGUAGCGGAGAGUCUGCAGGAAGAACCUGUUGUGCCACGCCGGUCGUUCAGACGUCCUCGUGCCCACCGAAGCAAUGCCCGUGUUCACCGAAAGCACGACGAAAAGAUCAAACAGCUUCUCCGUGUUGCUGUUCUGAACCAAUCUCUAGUAUUCGCGCCUCUCUUCGUCAACGAGCAGCUGCAGAAGAGAAGUGCAGCCCGUGUGCAGAGCCAGAUCCUUGUCCACCUUGUUGCGUAACAAGAUUGAAACCAUUUAGCGAUUUGCUUAGCAAGGAAACCGUGAAGAAAUGCGGAUGCCCGGUGAAAGAUUAUAGUUGCAACUGUGGUAAAAAGAAAUGAAAAGGAGGUUUCUCUGGAGAAUGGAAGGAAGAUUAUCUUUAAUGUUCGGAGAAGAGAAUGUAAAGAGAAUGAUGUGCCAAGCGAUAAGGAUAAUUUUAUUUCAUUCGUGUGAGUAUUUAUGUCGUAUAGAAUUCAUAUAAGUGGUUAUUAAUGACUAUUAUUUGAGAAACAUCGAAGGUUCUGAAUACAUGUUUUUUUUUUUUUUUUUUUAAGUGAAUAAUAGAUAA